AUGAUCUUUUCCAACUUUCGUCCCCCUGGCCUGCCUUCUCGUUCCUUCUCCUCAAUAGUUUUUGGGUAUUUCUUCACCAUCGCUCUCGAUAAUCUUGCUGAGUUCCUUCAUAUUCCUAGAAUCAGUGAGGCCCUGGGUGAUGAAUUUGAACUUCCCCUGUUCCAUUUUGACUAUGCUGAGGAGUUUCAUGCACUCAUGGGGGUGCUUCCUGCUCCGCGCACCUUCAUGCAUGUCUCUUCCCUCCUCCCCGUCUUUAGGAUGCUUCACUACUGCAUCUCUCGGGUCUUUAUCCCUCGCACAAACUCGCUGGACAUGGUGCUGCCCCUCGACCUGUGGAUCAUUGUUCAAGAUGUUAAUGAUGUGCCCCUCAAAUACACUCUAUUUCGCUUAUUGCGCCCUUAUAGUUUGGUCCUCUCAUCACCUCGUUGCUACUCUGUAUCAAUGUGCAUCUUUUCCCUUUCGCUCCAUCACUCCAUCUGUGUUUCCCUCAGCUAA